AAUGCUUCGCAUUGGAUCGUGAGAGCUACAUUUCAACCACGAAGAUUUUGACGAUAUACUCAUCCGACAACAACCAUGGAUGUAGCGAUCUCCAGCACGACAGGAGCUGCCCUGUUUUGGCUGUACAUCGCUGCAGCACUGAUAUUGACCACAGCUGCGAUCUAUACCAUUGCAAGCAUCAAGAUUGAUCGGAAAACCGCUACCGACGUUGCAAACACCAACUAUGAUACCGCAGUAUUCACAGCAUGGGCUAUUAUCAGCUUUGCGACGAUCUCAUAUAAUAUGCUGCAAGUGCUGGCGCAAUCCUACGAAGCUUGGCCUUUGAGCCAAUUUUACCCUUCAUUGAGUCUCGACGACCCCUUUGGUGCGAUCCAAAAUCUGUGGGCGUGGUCGACGACAUCGACGCCGUUCGUCAAAUUUGGCCAGGCGAUUGCGGGCGAUGAUUUCGGCUGGCUCUGGGCGCAAUCGGCGUUGCUGAAAACUUUUUCUGUUUCGCUUUACAUUGCAUACGAGGGUCCUCGCAUAGCAGUUCCGAAUACCUGGGUCUUCCUUGGUCUUGCACAGAUCUUGCCGGUGUCAUUUGCCUUGAACCUGUUUUAUCUGGCUCAGAUCCGGCUGCCCCAGAAGCCUCAUUAUCCCGUGGCCACGAUCCCUCAGCCUGUUAUUUUCGGCACGGCUACUGUCUUCUGUGCUUGCCUCAUUGCCGCCCCUAAAUUCGCAGCUUCGGAAUACCUCCUUCCCAUAAUCUUGCUUGCGCGACUCGCGCUCCUAGUCCCCGCUUUUGCAACCAAGACGGAAUGGCUCGCGGUAGAUCAUCCUGAUCCAGAGCAAUCCGGCUUCGGCUUGUACACGGCACAGAUCGUCAUGGAGACUGCCAUCCUAGUGGUGACAGCUAUCCAAGGGAAUACCAUCGUGCAGCGCGAAUUCGAUUGGGUCGACCUCUUCCGCGCCCUCUUUUUGAACCCGGCCGUGACGACGCUCGGCCUCGAUCUUAUUUUCAGCAUGCUCAGCUAUGGCACAUGGAUAGCCAUACAGCGACACAGCUUUCCAGAGGACGAAGAGCCCAAGGAAGAAUAAUGGCCUUCCGUGGACGAUCGGAGGUCUUUCUCCUGGUCGUUUAUCUCGCGCUUGGCUCGAAUACCGAUAUUUCAUCGCCGCAUGCUGCCUCACAACACGGGCUGACAGCAGUUAUGACUGAUUGCAAUUCUGGACCUGCGACCAUGGAAUGCUGAAAGUUCCAAUGCGUCAGCUCAAUCCGGGGCGUGCAAAUGCCAUGAGCCGAAGUCAUGAACAAUGGCUUUCUUACGCCCGCUGAUGCUUGAGCACUCUUAGAUCUACACGAACUACUUGGAGGGCUAUACAUACCAUAGUGUGCAAUAUAUUGCAACCAAUAGAAGUAUUUGGAUACAUCGCCGCUUACACUUCGGCUUUGUUGAUUCUGAUCAAUGCCAUGAGCAUGUAAAAGCAAUCGAUGUGUGAUGAGCAGAAUCGCAGUUUCGCCAUGGCUGGCGCCUGUAUAGUAUGAAAUGAUCGGU